GCCCGGUGAUCUCGGGCGGCCGUGCCUGCGGUGGCCUAGGAAUGGAGGCAGUCGCCCACGAAGGCCGCGGGCCAGUCUGCCGACUUCGGCGGCCGGCCCGCGCUUGUGUGGCGCGGCUGUUCGUUGCCGCUCGGCCCGAGGUCCUCGAAUGCGCGCUGACGCAGCUACGGCCAGUGAACGACGUAGCUCCGCCGCCCCGAACGAGUCGGAGAGGGCUAGGGCCGAGCUGGAUCGUCGAACGAGUCCUCGACGUAGCUCCGCCACGGCUUGUCGAACUGGUCGCAGGGAAUUCCGGCCGAGCAGGGUCAUCAUCGUCACCAGCUGCAAGGCGUGCCAAGGAAGAAGACGGCGUGGAUUACCCCUGGCUAGUGCGGACGGAAGUGCGGGAUAGAGCCAAGAAGCUGAGUCGCGACGCAACGGCAUUAGAACUUGAUGACGGCCGCGGACUGCCCCUUAUGCGGCGGGAAGAAAAUCUUCUUCGUGCAUUCAGCACAGCGUCAUCGACUAACAGUUAUUCAUGGAUAGCGCAAAGAAAUGCCUUUGUUUUUGUUGUAAAAACGCAAAUCCACAACCGCCACUCAAGCGGUGAUCAGGACCAUGAGGAUCUGCAUUCGUGUUUGAUGAUGUUGUGUUGUAUAUGCUGAGAGGACGCCAGUUUUGCAUGGCAUUAGCCCUCAGGUGGAAGCAGCGCAAAAGUUUCGCCUGCCCGUCCAGAAGUUCAUGGAUCGGGGGUCGAGUCCUCGACGUAGCUCCGCCGCGGCUUGUCGAACUGGUCGCGGGGACUGGCGAAAUCGUGCGCGUUGGUUUGUGCUGCAGAGCAUGGGAGUGGGCUGCUACUUACACAAAAGCACAUGCGCGGUAAAGUAGUAGAGUGUGCGCAUGUUGUGGUCGUGGCAGCUAUUGUCUCCAAAGUCGUUUUUGAUGAAGGCGCGGUAAAGUUGAAGAGCCUCUGCCUUCAUGCGCCGGCCGCCAAUUUAUGGAGGUUUGUAUCUUCAUCGGAGUGUAUCUCACAUGAUUGUAGGCUUAAGCCUUUUAAAUCCAAUGCAAUCUCAU